UGCCAGAUUCUCUCUCUCUCUCUCUCUCUCUCUAACUCAGCGUCUCUCGCCGUCGGCAUUGCACCCAAAUCUCCGCCGCCGCCGCCGCCGCCGCCGCCGUCGCCGGUCGCGAAACCGGAGCAGCUGCUCACGGCGACAUCCGCCGCCUCCUCCUCCACUCUGUAACUCCUCGAGAACCCGUCAAGUUCGAAGCGAUGGUGAUCAUUGCAGCGGUAGUUUUGCUGGGGAUUUUGGGCGCUCUUCUGUUGCUCCCACGGAAGCGCAAGUCCGGCCAUGUGGAGAAGGUUCAGUCCAAUUCCAGCACUCAGGGGUCCAAAACUUACACCAAGGCUGAUGUUGCUUUGCACAACAAACGAACUGAUUGUUGGAUAAUCAUUAAAGACAAGGUGUAUGAUGUUACCUCUUACGUGGAGGAACACCCAGGUGGUGAUGCCAUCUUGACUAAUGCAGGGGGUAAUUCAACGGAAGGAUUUUUUGGGCCACAGCAUGCGACCCGAGUUUUCGACAUGAUUGAAGACUUUUAUGUCGGGGAUCUCAAACAAUGACCGCUUGUGGCAUGCGGUUGUGAGAUCAACUGGUCAGAAUGUACUUUCAGACAUCACAUUAUCUGCUUUUAGGUGUUUGCUGUUUGUGUAAUGUGCUCGAGCAUCUCAUUCUUGUUCUCUCAGGAUACCUCCCCAAGAGACAAAGGCGCUAUUGUGAAGUUUUUCAAAUCUAAACGUGUUUCCUUUAUUUUAUCAACAA